ACCGGUGACAUGUAGUUUGAUAUCCUUAAAUCUUACAUGCCGGUGGUGUCUGUGUGUCUUUCCAAAUGAUAUUUCCCUUUUUUGCAUGCCGGUGUACAGUCUACUUGAUUUUAACCGGACAUGACUGCGGUGUGAAUAGAUUCUUCUUAAUCUUAUUUUCCUGUUUUCUUGAAUGCUGGUAAAAGAUUUGAUGUAUGAUUUCAGCCUUAUAUGACGGCGGUGUAAAUGCACUCUACUAGUUGGUUUUCUUUUUGGACGUAUUGUAAUUCUUCUUGUUUGUGGUUUUGAUUCAUAGUUUUUCGGUUUUUGUUUUGAUUUUGAUUUGUUGUGGGUUUCUGUUUUACUUCUAUUGUUUUGUGGGUUAUCUUCAUGAGUAUUGGGUUUGUAUGUUGCAGGCGCUGUCCUCGGUGGAUGGACGGUGAUGUGGGCGGUCGGCGGUCCGGGCUGCUCUUCAACAUGGUGGGCAACGUCCUUGGACUCCUGGCGUCCGGCGCGCGGUGGUGCGGGCUGUUCUUCUACCUGAUGGAUGUCAUCCUCAGCUUGGCAGGUGGUGUCGUCCGGCUCCUCUCGGCGUUCUGCGGGCGGUGGUAUGGGCUGUCCCUCUAUGCCAUUGAUGACGUCCUCGGCUCGGCGGAUGAUGUCGUCUGGCUCCUCUCGGCGCUCUGCAGGGUGCGGCGUGACUUCAGCCUUGACAUUUUCGGAUGAGACUCAUCUGUAACACGGAAGGAGUGGGUGUGUGGUCUUCGGUUGGCGGCAAUGGUUCUAUGACAUGAGAUGCGGGCGUCCGGACCUCUGGAACGGCAAUGCAUGGGCGUUUAUCCCGCGCGACAUCUUCCGUCCUUGAAGUCGCCGAUGUGGGUUCCAGGAUGCGGUGUGGUACUUCCAUAAUUUAUCGGAUGAUGUAAAGGUGCAAGUGCGUUGAAACGACCGCAAAUAUGUGAAACGGUUAUAUGAAACGAUUAUAAGUGAAUGAUCAGAAAUUGAAAUAGUGUGAAAAAUUUGUUCAAUGAAGAAAUACAAAAGUGUGAUUCAAUAAUAUGUUCAGUGAUGAAGUGAAUCAAAUUAGCAAUAUCGUUAACAUAAAAUAACGAUAACAUACAGGAUACACAGUGGAUAAUGCGGUAACGAAGGUACGUCUCUUAUAAUUUAUUAUUAUUAUUAUUAUAAAUAUUUUACUCUUAUAAUUUCUUGCCGCAAUUCUAUAUAUAGGGCUAGUAUUCUUUGCAAAAUUUUAUAUAAAAGCAGCAGUGUUCUGUUUG